GUUUCUGCAGAAAAGCGAAGUCACCAACCCACUGCAAUGAAGAUAAUGAGAAAACUCUUGGCAUUUCGAAGGUUCCUGCUUAUUGUUUUCACUCCCCUUCUGCUACUUCCAUUACCUCUCAUCAUCAGAACCAAAGAAGCAGAAUGUGCGUACACACUGCUUGUGGUGGCCAUCUUUUGGCUUACAGAAGCUUUGCCCCUGGCAGUUUCGGCUCUGCUUCCUGCUCUGAUGUUUCCACUCUUCGGAAUUAUGGCUUCCAAAGAGGUGGCAUCUGCUUAUUUCAAAGAUUUUCAUCUGCUAUUAACUGGGGUGAUUUGUCUGGCAACAUCAAUAGAAAAAUGGAAUUUGCACAAGAGAAUAGCCUUGAAAAUGGUGAUGCUGGUGGGUGUCAACCCUGCAUGGCUCACCCUCGGUUUCAUGAUCAGCUGUGCAUUUUUGUCUAUGUGGCUGAGCAACACUUCCACAGCUGCUAUGGUGAUGCCAAUUGUAGAGGCAGUGGCUCAACAAAUCAUUAACGCAGAAGCUGAGGUUGACAACAUGGAAAUGACGUAUGCGAAUGGAGCCAUCAAUCAUGCACUGGAACUUGAUGAAAAUAUUAAUGAUUGUGAAACAGCUGUUUGGAAAGAGAAAACAAGGCAAGCUAAUGGGUACUGCAAUGGUACUACUCCUACAGUUCAUGCUGCAUGCAACAUUGAAAAGGAAAAGAAACUGGAAGCAAGUGAAAUAGAAGGAAAAUAUAAAAACAAAAGGGACCACAUGAUGUGCAAAGUCAUGUGCCUGUGUAUUGCCUACUCAUCUACUAUCGGAGGACUAACUACCAUUACAGGAACUUCAACCAACUUGAUAUUUGCUGAACAAUUCAAUACACGGUACCCAGAUUGCCAGUGCAUCAAUUUUGGAUCCUGGUUUAUUCUUUGCAUUCCCAUUACUCUUAUUAUUUUGUUCCUUUCCUGGAUUUGGCUCCAGUGGCUUUUCCUGGGGUUUGAUUUCAAAGGCAUGUUUCAAUGUGGCAAGGCAAAAUCAGCCAGAGAACAAGCUUCAGCGCAGGUGAUUAAGGCAGAAUACCAGAAACUUGGACCAAUAAGCUACCCAGAAAUCGUCACUCUUGUCCUUUUCUUUCUAAUGGCCCUGUUGUGGUUUACUAGAGAUCCUGGAUUCAUUCCUGGCUGGGCUUCACUUUUUCCAGAAUACCGAGGAUUUGCUACUGAUUCAACAGUCGCCUUAAUAAUUGGCCUCCUCUUCUUCAUUAUUCCAGCAAAAACAUUGUCUAAAACUUCAAAUGGAGAAGAUAUUGCUUUUGAUUAUUCUCCACUGAUAACUUGGAAAGAAUUUCAGGCUUGCAUGCCAUGGGAAAUUGCCAUUCUCGUUGGAGGAGGGUUUGCGCUGGCAGAUGGCUGUGAGGUCUCUAAACUCUCAGCCUGGAUAGGAAGCAAAUUAACUCCUUUGGGCUCACUACCCGUAUGGCUGAUCAUCCUUAUUUCAUCUUUGCUUGUCACUUCACUCACAGAAGUAGCCAGCAACCCUGCCACUAUCACAAUAGCUUUGCCUAUUCUGGCCCCUUUGGCAGAAGCCAUCCAUGUGAACCCUCUGUAUAUCUUGAUACCAUCAACCCUCUGCACUUCAUUUGCCUUUUUGCUACCCGUAGCCAAUCCACCCAAUGCCAUUGUAUUUGCAUAUGGGCACCUGACAGUUAUUGACAUGGCGAAAGCUGGCUUGGGUGUCAAUAUCAUUGGAGUCGCCGUCGUCAUGCUUGCAGUCAUGACAUGGGCUGUGCCCUUGUUCAAUCUCCAUACUUAUCCCACUUGGGCACCAUCAAUUGCCAACAACACUGGACUUUAGAAAUAAAGCAGUAGGCUCUUUUCCCUGCUCCUCUUGUGUAGGCGGCAAGCUGAUAGACCUGUGUGGAUUGGUCUAGGAUAUUUUAUGCUUGUUGUAUCCUUGUCUCAAAGGCUAGUAUAUCUGCAUGGAAAGUUGCAGCUCGAACACUGCAACAACAAGUGAGUCUACACAAGUGUCUCAUUAAUUCCUCCAGUUCAGAUUUUACUCAGGAGAGUCAGGGGGUUAACAUCUGUGAUUGCACACAUUCGUUAUGAAUGGUGAUUUGCCCCUAUUCUUAAGGCUAUAAAGUAAAAUAUUUGACAGUGGAGUAAUAGCUACAGAAGUGCCAAGAACCGGUCCUUUUGUCGUCCUAAAUUCAUGGCCAGUGUGUUUCCCAGUCCCAAUGGAUUCAUUAAUAUUUUCUAUGGUAGCUUUAAAACAGACCAACAUGAUCAUUGGAGUAUAUGAAGCAUAUUGUCCCAUAUAAACUAGGUUCUUCACUGUGAACAUACCUUUCCCCAUAGUAGUAACUCUUGGCAUCUAAUGGGGAAAUAUUUUCUAGAAUUAUAAACAUGAGAUGGAAGUUUCCAAAGGCCAAGCUGUCAAUGGAUGCAACCGUUGGGCAGAAACAGAAUAUUCUGCAUUUGCAUCUUUACUAUGGGCAUUAGAUGACACAACAGAGGGUCAAACUAGCUGAUAGCAUGUAUUCAGAAGAAAUGCUCCCCUAAGUGGUAAAAAACAUCUGUUUGUCAUAAUUCAUGCAUUUCUUCACUUCAAUUCUGCCUUGCAUUAAGGAAGUUUUGUUUUGUGAUUACUCACUUAAAGCAGUAACUGAAUGAAACAUGGCUUAGUUUGAAAGUCUGAAUGUCAUGGCAUGCAUCUCUGAGGAAAUCUAGUUGACAGAAGGAAAACAGGCUUACUUCAGAGAAUACACAUAACCCUUGACAUCUAAUUUGACCCAGAAAAGUUGAGUUUACAUAAUUUUUUCAAAAACCAAUAAAUCACACCAUAUCAUAUUGAUUCUACAAUUGUUGAACUGAAUGCAUUACACUGAUUCUGUAGGAUUUUUAUUCCUGUAUUUUUAAAAAACUAAAUAUGACCUUUUCCAUUAAUUUCCACUGUAUUCCAGUUGCGCUCUGUGUGUAUGUGCUUUAAUGAAAACAAAUAAUCAUGGAAAAAUUAUGCCAAUUUGUCCCAUUCUGGUGAUAUGUGAUUGCUGGAAAAUAUUUAUAUAAACUUAUCCCACUCUGGAAUACUGGUUAUC